AUGAAACUCAACCUGCUCCACUACCUCCCGACUCUCAGCGACAACCUCUCCCCUCGGUCUCUUUCGCAGCCAACCUACUGGAACUGCACAGCCCACGCCCCGCUCGCGCCAGGCCUCACGGGCCUGCAGACCAUCCAAGCGGUCUUCACCGCCCUCUACGGCACAGAGCCUCUGACGCUACAAGCAGAAGAGGCCCGCGUGGCAACUUGUGGCGGUCUCCUUUUCGGCCUCUGGAACGGACAUCCUCACAGCGUCACGGAGAAACCUAACUUUCGAGACUGGGUUGCUGAACAGGAUCCUGGGAGCAAAGGGACAGAGUGCCUUGGAGAUGCAGACGACGAAGAUAGCCUGGCUGAUGAUCUGAAGCUGAGUUACAUGUUUGGGUUCGGGCAAGAUUCGUGGGUUACGGGGGGGUUAACCGAAAUCCGCCGUUGCGAGAAUUAG